GAGCAGGCUGAGGAAGAAACACUUUAACGGAUCAUGAACUGACAUGUUGAUACUGCAGAAGAGAUGCUGGAAAUGACAAAGUUUUGACAAGAAAAGGCAGACAAAAUAAUAACAAAGAGGUGGUUUAGGUAAGGUUUAACAAGUUAACAAGAGCAAAGAUGAAGAUUCGUGUAAUGCAGAUCUGGGGUUUCCUGUUAGCGCUACUGGGCUGGAUCUUUGUUGCCUGCUCCAUGGCCAUGGAGGGCUGGAAGAUCACCUCUAUUGGAGGGCAAGGUGGGAGCGCCGUCAUAAAGGUGGGCUGGUACUGGUCCAGUCUGUGGAGGGCCUGCUUUACGGACUCCUCUUCCACGUCCAACUGCUACGACUUCCCUGUGCUGUGGUCUGUGGAAGGUUAUCUUCAGAUCGUGAGGGCUCUGCUCAUGUCUGGGAUGGGUGUUGGAGUGCUGGCCUUUAUCCUUAGUCUUGUGGGAAUGGAAUGCACUUACAUUGGAGGAAAAGACAAAGAGAAGAACCGAUCCCUGUUCACAGGAGGCAUCUGUCAUAUCACAAGUGGUAUGCUGGCAGCCUCUGGUUAUGCAAUUUAUGCUCAGCAUGUUUCUGCAGAGUUUUUCAACCCCAGAUUUGAUGGAUUGCGAUUUGACUUGGGAACUCCUUUGUUCCUUGGAUGGGCUGGAAGUGCUUUUCAGAUCACUGGAGGGAUUUUCUUCCUAGUUUCAGUCUGCAAGAUCCGAGCUCAGACAUACAGCAGGGCACCAGUUCUCAGCGUUCCUGUUGUGGAGAGCAAUGCCUUACGUUCCUCCAACACAAACAUUUCCAUCAUAUCUGAACUCUCCACAAAAUCCAAAGUCUCAGCCAUAUCUGAGCUCUCCUCCAAGUCUGAAACAACAGCUCUGUCAAAUGCACCAUCAAAGAGCACACGUGUCUCAAAAACAGGACGUCCCUCAAGAUCCAGACGCGCUGAUCAACAAAGAAGCUCUAUCGAAUCAGACGUGUCACGAUCAGUGAGCUCCUCACGGUCCUCGAGGAUCAGCAGAUUACACUUUAACAACAAGAAAGCAUCCUCUCCAUCAGGAGGCACUACAGACCACUUCAUCAAGAACUCUUACCUCUAAAACACUGAGCUUGGAUUAUUAAAUCUGGUUAUGGAAAAACACAUUGGAUCUGGAAAUGACUUCUAAACAAAAACUGUGAUAUUCAGUGUAGUUCUCUAGACAAUCAUUCUGUCAUUAGCUUAUAUCAAAACACGCAUAGUGGACCACUGAACACAGUGUUACGACAGAACUCAAGAAAUGGAUUUUUGUAACAUGAACUGAAAAUUGUUAAAUGAGAUUGAGCUGCCUGGAAUCAUUUUGUGCAAAAAUAUAAACUGCAAAUUAUUAUUUAUUGAUGGAUACAUUAUUUGACAAAUGUAUUUGCGUAAUAGAUAUAGAGAGCAUAUGAAACGUGUUUGUUCUUUGUCAGAUCUAUUUUUCUUUACAAUUUAAUUUUGUGUUCAGUGGAAAUUAUGUAGUAAA